CUUCCUAAAUUCCUCCUGCUUUCCUUUCUCACGGGGGAGCGCGCCCCCCUUCAAAACCAGAGGAGAGAGAGAGAAAAAGAAAGAGGAGAGAGAAAGUGAGGUCUGCGCAAGUUCCUGAUACUUUUCUUGACUUUUCGUUCUGUCUGAUCGGAGAGAGAAGAAAAGAGAGAGAGAUGAAGAAGGAGGAUCAAUCGAGGUUUAUAUUUGGGAUUUCUCUAACUGAUCGCCCUAUUUGGCAGCAAUUCCUCAUCUGUUCUUCCGGUUUCUUCUUCGGCUAUCUCGUCAAUGGUGUUUGCGAGGAGUAUGUAUAUAAUCGCCUAAAAUUCAGCUACGGUUGGUACUUCACAUUUGUACAAGGGUUCGUGUAUUUAGUACUGAUAUACUUACAAGGCUUCACCACAAAGCAAAUGGUGAACCCGUGGAAAACUUACGUCAAACUCUCGGCUGUCCUAAUGGGUUCUCAUGGAUUAACGAAAGGCUCGUUGGCUUAUCUUAAUUACCCUGCACAAAUCAUGUUUAAGUCCACAAAGGUACUGCCGGUAAUGGUGAUGGGUGCGUUUAUACCCGGGUUGAGAAGGAAAUAUCCGAUACAUGAAUAUAUAUCCGCAAUUCUGCUAGUUAUUGGAUUGAUUCUUUUCACAUUAGCAGAUGCAAACACUUCGCCUAAUUUCAGUGUUAUUGGUGUUGUGAUGAUUGUGGGUGCUCUAGUUAUGGACUCGUGGCUAGGUAAUUUGCAGGAAGCUAUUUUCACCAUGAAUCCCGAAACCACUCAGAUGGAGAUGCUAUUUUGCUCGACGGUGGUUGGCUUGCCUUUCCUUUUGCCUCCUAUGAUAUUGACCGGGGAGUUAUUCAAGGCGUGGAAUUCUUGUUAUGAGCAUCCUUACGUUUACGGAGUGCUAGUCUUUGAAGCAAUGGCUACAUUUGUCGGUCAAGUCUCUGUUCUAUCCCUCAUUGCUAUUUUUGGGGCUGCCACCACUGCUAUGAUAACUACAGCAAGAAAGGCCGUGACGUUAUUGCUGUCAUAUUUAAUAUUCACGAAGCCCCUAACAGAGCAACACGGUUCAGGGCUGCUCCUAAUAGCCAUGGGAAUUGUACUGAAACUUGUUCCUGAUAGUAAACCUCAAAAUCGAGCUUCUUUAACUGAUUCCACAAACAGAAAUGGAAAAGCCCGUUUGGAAGAAAUGAGGAAACGAAAGGAAGAUGGACAAGUUGUCGAAGAUGAAGAGAAACGACCCUUGGUCAUAAUUAACAUUUUUUUUACAACGAGAAAACGAUCGUGAUGUAGACGACUCUACUGUGCAAUCUUUUAACGGCAAUAAAAGAUUAUAUAUAUACGACAUGCGAUGCAUUUUCAGUAAA